UUUAUAUUUCUCGUGCUUCUGCCGAUGCGUGCUGCAGAUUAUUGCUCAAGAAGUCGGCCCAGCGACAAAUUUAUCGGCAUCAGCAACGGUAAUGAUAUUUAUACAAGAUGUUAACGACAACCCGCCAGUGUUCGACGAGGAGUCUUACGAAGUUACACUGCCCGAAAAUAUCACCGCUGGGACGCGAGUUACCCACGUGCGAGCGACUGACAAAGACACCGGGUUUUUCGGCAGUAUUAAAUAUACGGGCAUAACGGGCGGAGGAAGCGACGCUUUCGCAAUGGAUCCUGAUACUGGUUUAAUCACAGUUGCGACGGGGUCGUCCUUGGACCGUGAAAUGGUAGCGCAAUUUCAACUGACUGUAAUUGCGCGCGACGAGGACGGCAAAGGAAACACGGGCACGGCAUCUUUGAUAGUGAACUUGCUCGACGUGAAUGACAACGCGCCGAUUUUUGAGAAGGACGUCUACGAAUUCACGUUAAAUUCCGAUCUGACAAACUUCACAGGCGCUGCAUUCAUAAAGGCCACCGACGCCGAUGCCGAGCCGCCGAACAAUGAAAUUCGCUACGAAUUGAUUCAGGGAAAUUAUGAAAAUAAGUUUUACCUAAGCGAGAUUACCGGAGAGUUGGUUUUACGCUCGCCCAUCACAAAAUUCAGACGGAAGAAGCAGAGCGUUUACGAUAAUUUUUCGAAAAAAUCGCCCAAAAGUGUCGUCCUCCGACCGGAACACAAUACGAGACGAGAAAAGAUACACGUAACGAGAACGACGGCGUUCCCGAUGAACGCAGCAAACGCAACGCACAACGAUCCAAACGAAACCGGAUUAAAACGUCAAGUCGACGAGAUAAAAAAGCACCGAAGAAAACGGGAAAGCGAUAUUUUAUACACAUUAACUGCCAGAGCGUAUGAUCUCGGCGUGCCGCACCUCACGGGCGAGACACGAAUCUCGGUUAUUCGGGGCGGCGCCAUGGAAGCUCGCAUAAUGAUGUUCGUGGUGCCAGGAGAACACCCGAAUCUGACGAGAACCGCCGAGACAUUAGCCACUAUCACAGGUGGACGUGUGACUAUAUUGGACACACGUCCUUACGUGCCGGACAAUCGACCCGGCGUCACCGGCAGUAGCGUACCGCCGGGAGGGAAAAGAACAAUCGUGGUGGCUCGCGUCGAACAGACCGAAGUCGGCGCACCUUUGGUGGACGUGGAGAAAAUUCGCAAUACAUUAGCUGCGAAUGGAGUUGGCAUCAUCGGCGGCGCAGGCACCGCCAACGUAUCGAUGACAUACAGCUACGAGACUACUACGAAACUCCCGAUCGAUGGAAUAAUCCCCGUUGGGGGAGACAACACGGGGGGUUACGUAAACAAAACGAUCAGCAGCGUUCACGAGGAAGUAACUGUGUACAAGGCGGAGAAUAAACUGCUCUUCUGGCUGCUAAUUAUUUUGGGUCUGCUGAUGCUGCUGGCGAUCGCGGCGCUUAUUAUCUGCUGCAUCUGCCCGGGCUGUCCAUUUUACAUGGCGCCCAGAAAGCGCAGAGUGUACUCGUCCGAAACUCUAAUCACUCGGUCUAACGGCCGGCCGAAACGACAUAUUCAUCGCAAACCGAUGGCUGCGAUCGAGAUUACGUCGAACGGAAAGAAACAAGCUUGGAGCGCGGACCCGACCCGACGAAACUGGCAAUUCAACCGUCGAAAUACCAAAAACGACGGCUUGGCGUCGCUUCCCGGUGACGUUGUGUACAUUUCGGAGCGCCCUCCGGUCGACCAAGCGAAUAUGGAGUCACUGAGAGUACGCGACGGGCCGACCUACGAUCCUUCGAGGAGGAGGAGGAUUGAGGACCAGGAGAGAAUGUACGUGGAGGAUGUCGAGGAGAGGAAGGCUAGAGAGUACGAUGUCAUGGACGUGGAUUCUCUGCAACGGCACGAGAUCGAACGAGGUUCGGAUAUUCUGCGUCACGCUUACAGACAAAGAUACGCCGAUCCCGAGUCGAACAACGAACCAGCGGUAAGAGAGCAACAUUUCUAUCGCGAGGGCAACGCGGAGGUGCUGCAGUUGGUAACGCGCGGACAAGUGGAGGACGACGUAAUGAGUCAACACCCGCAUUACCCGGCGACGCUGAUCGUGGAUGGCAAGGGUGUGCUUCUACAACGGUUCAUGCAGGACCAGAAAGCGCGGCACGAAGAGUCGAUGCAGGAGCCGGAGGUGAUCCGCACCGUCGAGUCCCACCAACGGCCGAAGAACUUGUAUCAGCAUCAGCAUCAGCAAGAAGUCAUUCUGCUGCCGGAAGAACUGGAGCUGCGAUCGUCGCAUCGUCACGGGGGGGAGGAGAUGGGACCCAACGUGCAGAAGAUGGCGAUCGAUGAUGCGUACGCAACGCAGAAGAUGGACGCGGAGUCGCGUAUUCGCGACGUGCAUCGGGUGCAGGAGGUCUCGAUGGGUCUGCCUGGAAUGUCAUCCACAGACAGACCGGUUAUCCCGAAGGAGCAGCCCACGACGGUGCAGCCGUCGUAUGCGUUUCACGACCUGGAACUGGCGAGGCAGAACGCCCUGUUGACGCGGCUGCUUCUGGAGAGAGAAUCCAGGCACGUAGGCGGCGCGAUGACGACGGACGCCGCGAGUUACCUGGAGACUCAGAGUCUACCCGGACAGGUAGCCAUCGCGACACAGACCGACAGAGCUGCCGCGACGCAGCUGACGGAACGACAGGCGAGAAGCAGAAGCGACAACGACGAGUCCGACGAGGAGAGCCGAAGUCGCAAAAAGACGAAGACGAAGAAACGCUACGGCGAGAGCGAGUCUUCCAAGCGAACACGAACACUGUGGAUGAAGUCGCCCAUCGAGGAGGAGGAGAAGAACGAGUGCUUCGAUAAGCGAUUGAAUAUCCUGAGGAAGAAGGUCAAGGAGGUGAAGGAGGGCCGGAAAGUGUCUCUGGAGCCUGAGGUGCUACGUGAAAUUUCGGAUUCCCUCGACGAGAACGGGAGUUCCUACCCGGAGAAGAGAGGAAAGAGGUCGCCGAGAACUCGUGAGAAAGCCGCCGAAGAGAGCAGUGUCGGAUACAAAGUACUAGGCGGCGAGAAGAACGGCUCGUCCUCGUCGACGGAGGUAAGUAAGCAACGAUAUGAGACAGUUUCCGACGAGAAACCGGCGGAGAUCUCGUCGUCGCCGGAGAUAAGCGUGGACAACGGCGAGUACAUCCGCGAGACUACGGAGAAGAAAAGCUCGAGGAAGGAGUGUAAAGUGAAGAAGCAGAAGAAGGUGGAGUCCAUCAUAAGACCCAGUUUCCGAGUUUUAGAGAGAGAGAUCACGAUGCUGACGAAGAAGCUGAGCAAACUCGCCGAUAAGAAGACGCAGCACACGGCGGGCGACGACGGUACAGGGCAAGAGAAGCCAAAGACGUCGAAGGACUCCAAGAGAGACUCGGAUCAAAGUACGCGGAGGGCGAAAGCGGACGAGCGCAAGCGUUCGGAGGCGUCGCCGAGCACGUCGAAAGAGGUGGCGGCGGUCUCCGUGAAGACGCGGCAAAAAUUCAAGUAUCAGCAAGCGCAGAUCAUGAGCCCCGGCAGUUCCGAGUACGACGACUCGCUCGAAAAGACGAAGAAGCCGAAGGCGGCCUCGCGACAAGAAGUCGCGAAGCAGCACAAGCAGCCGAGCAGCCGCAGCCACGCUAAAAUGAAGAGGCAGACGCAGGCGCAGGUCGAACGUAAGGAGCACAGGAAGAAGAUCGAGCAGCGUGCUCGAGACGCCGCGAGUAAAGGGACCGGCGUGUCAGAGUCGAAGAUUGAGAAGACUGCCGUUAAAUUGCCGUCACGCGCGCAAAAGCUGGCAGCCAUCGGGCGCAGAGAGAACGUCAUGGAAGAGCCCAGCACGAGCACGAGUUCCGACCGAGUCGACAGCAAGAAAGAUCCCUUCGCCGCUCGCCGAGACUUCGACAGGAAGAGCACGGAGUCCUCGGACGUCCCAUCGAUAUCUCAUCACGUAGAUCGACGAGAACCGAAGCGAAAGCUGGCUCGUGUGAGCGAAAGAUUCACCGAUGAUUUUGUGACGGAACAGCGAACGGAGGACGCCGAUCCGGAAGACGCGCUCCGUUCGGUGGUGGACGCGAACCUGUACGAGGAAGAUAUUGCGAGAGAGGCCGAAAUAACGCAACAGUUCUCCGACGAUUUUACGACGGGCACGCAGGCAAAAGACGCGGGUCACGAGACGCAAGCUGACGCUGAGAGCAGAGAUGAAACUGAGCGCGACGUAUCUCGUGAUUUCGGCGAAGAACUUGUCACUCUAAAGAAGAUUGCCGAGGAUGUCACGGUGCUUCGUGACUCGUCGACGGAACAUGCACAAUUCGAAGACGAAUCAAUCGAGCAGUUGGAUGCCGCGACGGAGCGCCGAACUGAAUUACUUGAGAUUACUCCUCGCGUGGAACAGAUCAAGGAUGGACGCGAGGGAACUGUACCUUUGGAUCUUCUCGCCCAAGAAGCGUUCGAAGAGCAUCGGGCGAAGAGACCGACGUUACAUUGCAGUAAAUGCAUCGACAGAGCGAAAUUAACUGAUGCGACAGAGAAGCAUGAUGAAGAGGCACAUGAAAUUUCACAUGAAAUCGAAGAGAAAGUGGCAAGAGAGAAGGAAGUUACGCCAGAAACGACGGAUGUGCGAGAGUCAAAAGUACUGGAAGAUGCGGAAAAGAGCGUGAAAGAGGAAACGGCUGCGGAAGGGAAACACACGGAAAGUCCGGAAAUACUAAGCGACCCAACGAAACACACGGAGCAACUCGGAGAAGAAGAACAGGCGAAGAAAAAUGGAUUGGACAGCCGUACCGACGUGUUACCAUCAAAAAUGGACGAAGAAGAGACAAAAGAUGUCAAAGACAUUACAGAUUCGUCACGUUCAAACGGAGAGGAUAAAGCUGUAGAAUCGCAUGCGCAUGAAGAAGAAGAUUCGAGAGAAGAAUCGAGGCACGAGUCGAAAGAACACAGCGAAGAGGAGACGCUUCCAACGGAGAGCACGAUAGAUAUUUUACGAAAAGUAGCGGAGGAAUUAACACCGCGAGAAAUUGAAGAUGUUUCCUUGCGCGAGAUUAAAAGUGACGUGGAGGAGGGAACAAAGAUUAUUACAGCAAUGAAUAUUGACGACCGAUAUCAGGAUAUCGCUGAAGAACCGGGAGAGAUUUCGAAAGAACACAUAACCUCGGAAUCCGACUCGGAGAGAAUGAAGGAAGAUGAGACACUGACGAUAGAAGUGCUCGAGGAAGUAUCCGAGAUUAGUAGUCGACCAUCUGAGAGCGAGACCGCACAUUCGAGCGAUAUUCACCCUGAAUCCUUGAUCGAGAGAAGCGAGAAAACCUCGUUAGACGUUGACGAGGACAGCCGAGAAAUGUCGAGGGACAGUUUAAUUCAGGCCGAGCCUGAUAAAACAACAGAAACUGCGGAAGCAGAUGGUGAGACAGAUCGAGCAAAAUACAAUCUCAGUACAGAGAAAGAAAUUGAAAGUCACGGAACGGUCCAAGAACCGCACGUAUUUUCUCAAGGAGCAUCCGACCUUCGAGAGGCGAAAUUGGACGAAAGUAGCAAGACCGAGCUUUCCACAUCUCCAGCGGAAGUUACUACCUCCAGGAAAGAAGUUGCGGACACAGAACAACCGCAGGCUGAGCAUACAGAGGAGGUGAAAGAAGCAUCAUUUCGCGAGGAACACAAAGAAGAAGCAGAAGAGUCGCGAGAUACAAAAGAAAGAUCCGAUGACAAAACGGAGGAAGCUCUUGGUAAAAGCUCCCCUAGUGACGAAUUGAAGGAACGUCCAGGAGAUUCGCACCUAGAGAAAGCAAGUAUCGGUCAGUCAGACACUGCGGAUGAGCCUGAGACAGUUGCUGAGAGUGUAGACGCCGCAGGUCCGCAGGACCAAGACCAGGGAGAGCAGCGAGCAGACGUAAGCGAUCCAAUUUUUAGCAGCUUUAUUGAUACACUCGAGGUGUCGGAGGAGAGCGACUCAUCCAGUGAUGUUUCUAGGAAAACAACGCUGUCCACGAGACCUUACGAUACUCCACGUCAUCGGCAAAAAUGGCAGCAGCAAGAAAGCCUUGAAAUAGCGGUAAUGCCGGGAAUAAAAGCCGUCGGAGAUGAGACGGUCACGACGGCAGUGGAAACUGAAGCGGAGGGGGACACAGAUAGUAAUUUGUCGCUUGAUGAAAUCGAGAGUGUAGAGGAUUCGACUGCGACCGAAGCACCGACCGAUGAGAAAACGGUAGGUACAGGGAUUGCUACCGAGAGAUUCCUUCUGGCUGAGAAGAUUUUCUCUGGCGAGGAGAAGAUUUUGGCCGCAUCCGGUGCGGAGAAAGUGCACGUUGAUGGUAGACAAGAAGACAGAGGUCUUGAAUCAAAACUCGCAGAGCAAAUCGCAGAGCCGGAAGGAGAUGUAAAAGCGAACGUGAAACAAGCGCUGACGACAAUUCGAGAUGAAGUUUCCUUCGUUGCACAUGUUACGGAACUGAAAGACGCGUCGAAGGAAAAAGUCGAGGAUGAAAGUACCCCGGCGGGGGGGACAAAAGGGGACAUGGAAUGCACAAGUGAGAUUCCUUACCGAGAAAUUGAAGAAGUUCCCGAGACUGCGAAGCCGGAUGACAAAAGCGAAAUUAGGUCGUCUUCAAAGCAAGCCGAACAAGCGGAUUCGAAAAAAGAGCGGACGAGCACCGAGGACGCCAAAGUGGAGGAAACAAGAGUUAAAGACGUCGAGGUGGGCGAAACAAGAAGCAAGGACUACAAAAACGGCGCACCAUCGGAUGUUGCGAAGAAGGAAACUUCCAAAAGUCCCGUUAACAAGAAAACGAAAGUCGAGCGAUCGAAGGCUGCUGCGGCCGUAGCGAAGAAGCGCGUCAUCGACGAAGAAUCGGAGGCAAGAGCUGCGUCGAUUCCGUCGCGUCGUCGAUCUCGCAGGGAUAUCGACGGCGACACGGACAAGACACGGAAGAAGAAAGACGACGGGUCGCGAAUACAAUCGCGGAAAGUAGAGGAGGAGCCCCAGAGGAAGCAGACGCUGCCAAGAACGAGAGCGAAGACGGACAAGAGAAUGACGAUUCCUGCGAAAUCGACUGGCGAGAUCGACACGAGCAAGACCCGGUCCAAGUACAUGGCCUGGUACAACAAGAAACGCGAGGAAGCUGAGAAGAAGAGGCUGGAGAAGAAGGCUGCGGAGGACGAGGAGCAGCUGCCACGCUGGGUGAGCAGAGGCUUGAAGAGCCAGGCGACGAAACCGAGAGGCAGACUUGGCACGGACCACAAGACUCCGGAGAUGACGCCGCGCACGAGACGCAAGAUCAAGCCUCUGGUGAACGUCGAGUCCGAGCAGCUGAAGGCCAUCGUGCGUCAAGGUCGCGAGUUGAGGAAAGCCGAGGGCAAUCUCAAGGAGGACCCGCCGGUCCAGAUAUUCGCCAGGUCACCGCCGUCGGUCUCUACGUCGGACGCGCAGCAGCAUCGCCUGCUGCAACACUCGGAGUACAAAUACGAGAAGGCACCUCCGCCGUUUUACCUUCACCCACCUCCGGCGCCGCACCCGUCGCCGCAACUGUCGCCGGAGCGGUCCAGGUUCGAGGUGCAGCCGUCCACGUCGCAGCGCGAGGAAGAGCUGCGUACGGACGAGAUGGUGCCGCUCCAGAGCGGCGUUCGUCUGCGGCAUCAGCAGCUCCUCGAAAAGAAAAGCGUCUUCGACAUCGCGUACAGCGAGGCCGCGCCGUCGCAACUCCGCUCGGACAGCGCGACUCCACCGUCGUAACUCUUCAGAAAGAUCGAUAGACUCUCCCUGUAGUAAUAAUACGGUAUAUAGGGAGAGUGCAAAGUAUGGAAACCCUUAAAAAUCUCGAAAGAUAUAAGUU